UCUCACAACUCUCUCUCUCUCUCUCUCUCUCUCUCUCUCUCAUCUCUGAACUCAAACUCUCAAUAGAGUUAGAUUAACUUUAGGAGUUCUUCUCAAUCUUUGUCUCUCUCUUUUCACACACUGUUGAGGAAGAAGAAGAAGAAGAAGCAGAAAAAAACAGGAAGAGAAACAUAACCCUUAAUGGCAGAUGCCACAAAGCACCUGUCCUCCAUUAAUGGAGGAGGAGUUAAAGGGAUUACAGACCUCAAAAGCCUCUUCUCCCUCUUGAAAACCAGAAGAAGUCUCGCUUUUGCAUAUGGUUUCAUGUUUGUUUUUGUUGGUUUCACUGUUUUCUUGGCCUUUAAUCCCUCUUCGUCCUCCUCUUCCUCCCUCUCUUUCUCUAAUAUUUUCAGUGUCAGUUCCAUCGCUUCUUCAAGUUCAAAUUCUUCUUCUUCAUUUUCUUCAAGCUCUUAUAGAUCUCAGUUCUCUUCUGUUUACUCUUACUUUUUCCCCAACAUUUCUUCUUCUUCUUCUUCUCCAAAACAAGUUCAUGUUCAACCCCAAAACUUGUUUAACUCUGCCAGAUCUAAUAACACAACCACUGUGAAUCAUCAAUCUCCUAAUAUAAACCACACUCAAAGUUUAGAUUUUUCAUCUCCUCAAAAUAAAGUCUUGCAUGCAAAUCAAACUUCAAUUGCCAAUAAACAACCCUCAACUGUAAAAAACACCACGCAGAGUUCUCAACUUUCUAAUAAAGAUCAAAAUUUGAAGCCAAAUCAGACCACUUUAGCAGUGCCCCCCGCACCAAAGGCUCCAUUACCUUCUAAUCAAACGACAACAAAAAGUUCAAGAUCAAGUUCAAGUCCAAGUCCUACUCCAUUGGUGAAGCCUAAGCCUCGAGUAUCAAAUUACACAGCAUCUCCAAAACAACAAGGCAAUGGGAGUAGUUCAGAGACGGUGGUGGUGAAACAAGGGAUUGAGAGUCUGAUGGAGAGUUUAAUGAAUUGUGAUUUGUUUGAUGGGGAGUGGGUUGAGGAUCAUUCUUAUCCUCUUUAUAAACCAGGCUCUUGUUCUUUCAUUGAUGAGCAAUUUAAUUGUGUUCUUAAUGGUAGACCUGAUAAACUCUUUCAGCAAUUCAAAUGGAAGCCUAAAGGCUGCACUUUGCCAAGGUUGAAUGGGAGCCAUAUGUUGGAAUUGUUAAGAGGGAAGAGGCUUGUUUUUGUCGGUGAUUCAUUGAAUAGGAAUAUGUGGGAAUCUCUUGUUUGCAUACUAAGAAACGCGGCGAGAGAUCCGAAGAAGGUUUUCGAAGCUCAUGGAAGACACCAUUUUCGCGGUGAAGCUUCGUAUUCGUUCAUUUUCAAAGAUUAUAACUUCUCUGUGGAGUUUUUUGUAUCUCCUUUCCUAGUUCAAGAAUGGGAAAUGCCUGAAAAAAACGGAUCAACGAAGGAGACACUUAGGCUCGACCUAGUCGGGAGGUCUUCUGAUCAAUAUAAAACCGCGGAUAUCAUCAUCUUCAACACUGGACACUGGUGGACACAUGAGAAAACCUCGAAAGGGAAAGAUUAUUACCAAGAAGGUAGCCAUGUGUAUGGUGAACUUAAUGUUCUUGAGGCAUUCCGGAAAGCUUUAACAACAUGGGCGAGAUGGGUCGACGCCAAUGUAAAUACGGGGAAAUCUAUGGUUUUCUUCAGGGGUUAUUCUGACUCCCAUUUUAGUGGUGGACAAUGGAAUUCAGGAGGAGCCUGUGACAGCGAGACUGAGCCGAUCAAGAAUGUGACAUAUCUAAAGCCAUAUCCCCCGAAGAUGCUGGUGCUGGAGAAGGUACUUAGAGGGAUGAAAAAUCACGUCACCUACUUAAACAUCACCCGAUUGACUGAUUACCGGAAAGAUGGUCACCCAUCAAUCUAUAGGAAACAAAACCUAUCCAAAGAAGAAAGAAGAUCGCCGUUGAUGUUCCAGGACUGCAGCCAUUGGUGUCUUCCAGGUGUGCCGGACGCCUGGAAUGAGCUUUUCUAUGCUGAACUCUUGAUCAAAGAGAAUAAGAUGCAGCAACAUCAUCAGAAUCAGAAGAAGAGAUAUAGGUAAAAAUUAAAUUUA